AUGAAGAUAGAAGACAACACUGAGCAAAACAAGAAUAACAUUAUAUAUGAACUAGUUGAUGAUGACGGUAAUGAUGGUGAGUAUAAUAUUCAUAAUGAAUAUAAUAUCAUCAAUUCUAAUAAUAUUCCAACCGAAAGAGAUAUUAAGCGUCUAGAUGAAUUAACUGAAAAGGAUGUGUUUGAAAUGACAUUUGAUUCAGAAGAAAACGGAGAAAGAUUUUAUAAUUCGUAUGCUAAGGUGAAAGGCUUUAGUAUUCGAAGGGAUCAAUUGUAUAAGGACAAGAAUAAUAUGGUUAUAUCAAGGAGUUGGGUAUGUUCAAAAGAAGGAUAUAGACAAUCCAAAUACCUUGAGGUUGAAGAACGUAAAAGAGAACCAAAACAGUUAACUAGAGUUGGUUGCCGUGCUUGUUUUCGUAUCAAAUACAAUCGGAGUACUUCCAAAUAUGAAAUGAAUGAAUUUUUCAAGGAGCACAAUCAUUCCAUGAUAGGGCCUCUUGGUGUUCAAUUUCUUCGCUCACACCGGAAUGUUACGAGUGCCGACAAGGCACAAGGCAAUGCAAUGCAUCAUAUUGGUAUGAGGACAAGUCACAUUAUGGACUUUGUUGCACAACAAGCAGGUGGUUAUGAGAAUGUUGGGUUCAUACAGAAGGACAUGUACAACCAUUUUGGGACUGAGCGUAGAGCGUAA